GUUUGAGAUACUGCUUCACAUAGUUAUUUUUAGGAUUUUAGAUAAGAUCACAAUCAUCUGCAACAACAUCAAUCACUCUGUCUUUGAAAGGAUGCUGCUUCGCCUUUAGGUCGGGCCUGCGUCCGCGUGCGCGCGCUCGAGCUCGGCUCUUGUAAUUGGCUCAGCGCUGUGCUGUUGUCCAUGCGCCACUGGGCGAGUCUCGGCUGUCUCAGUAACCCUCUUUUAUCCUCAAAAAAGGAGAGCGAAAGAGGGCAGACUCAGAGUUGGGUUCGGGCGGAUGGACCGCCAUUAUUGGGAGCCUUGGACAGCCACUUUCACCCACACGCACAUAUAUAUCUUAACAUUUAAAGACAUGCGUGGCCCAGAUUGCUCGUGAUUUUGCUACGAAAAACUGGAUGUUGUGUCUCAGUGUAAGGGCAUCGCUGCAUGCUGUCUGCACACGAUGAAAUUAGCAUUUUAUGGCCACAACAAAGGGCAUUAUAAUUGACCAAAACCAACGUGCUUAGGCCGGAGGAAGACAUUAAAACAAGCCUUUUUCCCGCACGGAAACGACUGGCCUCCAAGAAAGGACAUUUCUUUGUUUGGAUAUGUUUAGCCGUCGGUGGAUUUUCACAGCCGUUUCUAUACUAACGCGAGAUCAGUAAGUUGCGUCUGACAAAAAUAUCGCUUGGAAACUGCAAGUCUGUCAAGCCACAAUCAAAGACCCCCCCAAGGAUUUUAAUGUCCUCGGCUUUUUACGUAGUCUUUUGUUUUCCUUUCUUUGUGGUUUCUAACAACAUUGGCCGAGCCGGUUGUAAGCCCUCUCGCGCUGGCCUGGAAGAGGGAUUGAGAAGGGAAAGGGAGGACGGAGAAAGGCACUGGUUAGCCCCAAUUCCUGCUUCUGCCUUCUUCACUUUUUCAUGUCCUGCUUUUUAUCUCUCAUUAGUCCCCUCUAAUAUGGCCAAAAAAAUGCAAGCAGCUGUCUUGACCUGAAAGGAUGAUUGAAACAUUAGAACUAAAGCCUCAAUUGUAAAUCAAAUACAGGUCCCUCAUUUCAACAUUUUAUGGACACGUUUUAAAGAGUCUGCCUCUGUCAACCUUUGGGGCAUGGCAAGAUGAAUGCCUGUGUACGAUGAUGGCUAAAAAGCAAGAAUCCCGAAUGCCUAUCUACAGCCUUGUUGUUGUUGGCCUGUCGGGAACUGAGAAGGAGAAAGGGCAAUGUGGAGUUGGCAAAUCCUGCCUUUGUAACCGUUUUGUCCGCCCUAGUGCGGAUGACUUCCAUCUUGAUCACACUUCUGUGCUAAGUACCAGUGACUUCGGUGGCCGGGUUGUCAACAAUGACCAUUUCCUGUUCUGGGGAGAGGUGGGGAGAGUUUUGGAAGAUGGUGCAGACUGCAGGAUGCAUGUGGUUGAGCAGACAGAAUUCAUUGAUGACCAGACGUUCCAGCCCCAUCGCAGCACAGCCUUACAACCCUACAUCAAAAGAGCUGCCUCUACCAAACUGGCUUCUGCUGAAAAACUCAUGUACUUCUGCACUGAUCAGUUAGGACUGGAGCAAGAUUUCGAACAGAAGCAAAUGCCCGAAGGCAAGUUACAGGUGGAUGGCUUUCUGCUUUGUGUUGAUGUCAGUCGUGGUAUGAACCGCAACUUUGAUGAUCAAAUGAAAUUUGUCACCAAUUUGUACAAUCACUUAAGCAAGACAAAAAAGCCUAUUGUGCUUGUUCUCACUAAGUGUGAUGAGGGUGUGGAGCGAUACAUCAAGGAUUCUCAUACCUUUGCCAUUACAAAAAAGAACUUGCAAGUUGUUGAGACUUCGGCACGGUCCAACGUCAAUGUUGACUUGGCUUUCCUUACCUUGAUACAGCUCAUUGAUAAGGGAAGAGGUAAGCCCAAAAUCAUACCUUACUUUGAGGCAUUGAAACACCAGAGUCAACUGAUUGCCUCUGCAAAAGACCGCUAUGAGUGGUUGGUGAACCACAUAGUGAAGAAUCACAAUGAAAUUUGGCUUAACAUCAGCCGACGAAUGCAGACUUCACCUGAAUACAAGGAGUAUGUAUUUUUAGAAGGUACUGGGAAGGCUAAGAAGCUUUUUCAACAACAUAUUCACCGGCUAAAACAGGAGCAUAUUGAAAAGCGUCGUAAAGCAUACUUGAGUGCCCUUCCACUCGCCUUAAGUAGCUUGGUGUCUGAGUUAGAUGAAAUUGAACAUUUGAGCUGGUCUGGGGUCCAAAAGGUCCUUGAGUCUAAAAAAGAUUUUGAUCAUUGGUUUGUGGUGCUGGACGAUGCUCCGUGGGAGGACACGCCACAUCUUGACAACAUGGAGGAUGAGCGCAUCCCCUUCGAUGUGCUAGACACCACGGCUGCUGAAAUAAUCUUUGAUGCACACCUUGAACACUUGCGCAAUGAAUGCAAGAGGGCCCAGAUGCGUCAUGAGUUCAAAGCAAAAUUAGCAUCUUCACCUUUUGUUACCCCUGGCAAACCCUGGGAGGAGGCCCGAAGCUUCAUCAUGAAUGAAGACUUCUACCAGUGGCUUGAGGAGCCAGAAUAUUUGGACAUUUAUAACCGGCACCAGAAAGCGAUCAUAGACAGGGCAAAAGAAGAUUUUCAGGAGCUUUUGCUAGAGUACUCUGAACUCUUCUAUGAACUUGAGCUGGAUGCCAAACCUAGUAAAGAGAAGAUGGGAGCAAUUCAAGAAGUGUUAGGUGAAGAACAACGCUUCAAGACACUUCAGAAAUUGCAAGCUGAAAGGGAUGCUUUAGUGCUGAAACACAUCCAUUUUGUGUAUCAUCCUACAAAGGAAACAUGCCCGAACUGCCCACACUGUGUUGACAAUAAAAUUGAGCAAAUACUAGCUUCGUGCUUCCCAACACAAUACCCUUCUUUUGGAAAGCCCCAUAUGAUUGAUGGAAAGGUAGAUAGGAUCAAUCUUGUUAUACUGGGCAAAGAUGGUCUUGCUAGAGAAUUAGCCAAUGAGAUUCGGGCAUUGUGUACUAAUGAUGAUCAUUAUGUACUUGAAGGAAGAAUGUAUGAGCUUGUCCUUCGGCCAAUUGAGGGCAAUGUUAGACUUCCCGUUAAUUCGUUUCAUACAUCCACAUUUACUCCCUAUGGAUGCCUGUGUUUGUACAAUUCAAAAGAGUCCUUGUCAUAUGUUGUAGAAAGUAUUGAGAAGUUGAGAGAGUCCACGCUUGGCAGAAGGGACAACCAUAUGGCUCAGCUUCCCCUGUCACUCUUAUUAGUAACCAAAAGAGGUGUUGGAGGAUUGAGUGACAUCGGUGGCGAGACUGCUCAAGCGUUAAUCUCACAGGGUCAGCAGGUAGCCAUAAAACUGCAUUGUAACUACCUAGAACCUGCCUCUCCAGGCAUUGGCUAUGGGAGAAAUGUGAAUGAAAAGCAGAUCAACCAGGUCUUAAAGGUUCUACUUGAAACAAGGAGGACUUCUACAUUUCGUAGCUGUUCUCCACCUGCACCUCCGCUGCCUCCAUGUAUUCGAGACUUACAGCAGGACCAGAGCCCAGAGGCUGAAAUGCGAAUUGUCAUGUGCCUAAUGUGUGGAGACUCCUAUGACAUUGAUCAGCUUCUUGCACCGUUCCUGCUUCCUCAGCAUUGCAAGCCGACCUCUCCCCAAACAAGUGGCACUUCAGUGCUGCUAGAACAAACAAUUGGUGGACACAAGCAUACAAUUGAGUUGUCCUUACUGUCAUACCACGCUUCUUUUGCCACUCGUAAGAGUCGGCUGGUGCAUGGCUACAUCGCUGUAUACUCUGCUAGCCGCAAGGCUUCUUUUGAAACCCUGUGUGCCUUUUUGUGUGAGGUUCAGGACAUCAUCCCAGUUCAGCUGCUUGCAGUGGGGGAAACCCGGACUGAGCUUCUGGACUCUGAGUCUGCUCAUGAGUUGCUAGUCCAAGGUGAAGAACUGGCCCAUGAACUUGAGGGACGGUUUUGCAGUAUUGUCUGUGGCCCUGGUGGAGUUGUUGGAGGACUUCACAAACUAGACCUAUUGGAACAUUUUUUCACAGAGGUACUAGAAAAGAGAACCAUUGUUGAGGCCAGUCAUAUGUAUGAAAACGUUGCAGAAGCCAGUAGCACAAAUGAGAAUGUGUAUUCGCCACACUGUGGCUCCCCAAGCCCUGUCACAAUGCUGUUAGAUUCUGAGGAAGACAUGGAAGCUUCCCCGCCUUACCACGAUGGUACACUCACCUCUCAUGGUGGAUUCAAACUGCCUGACCUGGACUCAGGUGACACAUUCUCUGUGAUCUCUGACCUUAGCACCUUUGAGAACAAGCUAAAUAAUAAAGUUCCUCCACAAGUGAGACCCAAGCCUAGUGUCACAUUUGACCUUAGAAAACCAAAUUUCAAUCCGUAUGUAGAUGCAGUUAGCCAUCGGCGUUCCCUUACAUCCAAUGUGACGUGGCCUCUAGGAGGAGAUUACGAUCCUUCGGACUAUGCCGAGCCAAUGGAUGCUGUCUCUAAGCCACGCCCCAGCUAUGAGGACAGCAUAUAUUCUGUGCCGCAUGACAGCACACAGGGCAAAAUUAUUACAAUCCGCAAUUCCAAUCGGAUCCAUUCUAAUGGUGGAGGCAACGGUUCAGACAGUGAAGGGGAUGGCAGCUCGUUGGAGAGACGUCGCAAGUUUUCAGCAGCAAGGGUGAAGCCACGGCUCUACCGUGAUCGUUCCAAACGUCUGGGGAAGUUCAGCAGUUUCCGCACUAGUUUUUCCAUUGGUAGUGACGAUGAGAUAGGCACACUCACAAGGUCAAAAGACGAUGAUGUUUCAGCACUGAAGACAGACAUACUCAAUGAAGAAGGAGAAGAUCCCAAAAAGAGGAACAUACUGAAAAGUCUUCGCCGACCAGGCAAAAAAACAAGACCAAAGCCUCGAUAUUCUAUCUCUAAGCCUUUGGAGAGUAACUACUUUGGGGUGCCUUUGGUGAAUGUGGUUUCCCUUGAACGACCUAUUCCAGUUUUCAUUGACAAGUGUAUUCGUUAUAUUGAAGCCACAGGUUUGACAACAGAGGGUAUCUACAGGGUGAGUGGGAAUAAGGCGGAGAUAGAGAGCAUGCAGAGACAGUUUGAACAGGACCACAAUCUGGACCUUGUGGAGAAGGACUUCACUGUGAACACAGUUGCUGGGGCAAUGAAAAGUUUCUUCUCUGAGCUGCCUGAGCCUCUGGUUCCUUAUAGCUCACAGGAAGAGCUGGUGGAAGCUUUCAAAAUUAAUGAUCGAGAACAGAGGCUUCACACAAUGAAGGAUGUGUUGAGACGAUUUCCCAGGGAGAAUUUUGAUCUCUUCAAAUAUGUAAUGAGCCAUCUAAACAAGGUUAGUCAGUGGAACAGAGUCAACUUAAUGACCAGUGAGAAUCUCUCUAUCUGUUUCUGGCCGACACUGAUGCGGCCGGACUUCACCUCUAUGGAUGCCCUGACAGCCACACGCACCUACCAGACAAUCAUCGAGACAUUCAUCCAUCAGUGUGCUUUCUUCUUUUACAACCAACCUCCUGCUGAGUCACCCACUGGCCCCUUUGGACCCCCUGGACCACUGGUGCCCUCCGGAUUGCCCCCAUCCCCCACAGCCGCCCCUUCUUAUUGCCCUCCGACCCCACAUUUUACCCCACUUUUGCAAUCUCCACCACAUUCUCCCCCCCAGAGCCCUCACACAGCCCCUGCAGAACCACAAACGCUGUGAGAAAAUGUGGCCUGUUAUUUAGUGAACUAUACACACACACUUCAAUGCAUGCUUACACAUCUACAUACACACAUCUAAAUGCCUCUAAAACAUGUAGCUUGUUUAGGUCAGUGUUGUAUGUGGAAAAAAUUGUGCUGAGCUCUCAGUACUUACAUCAGGAAUGCUCAUUCCUGCUCCUUGAAAUCCACCUUCAUGCAGAGUUUAGUUCCAGUCUGCUCUAAUAUACGUCUGUAAUUUUUAAUGUACCCCAAAACCUUGAUUAUCUGGUUUAGGUGUAUUUGAUUUGGCUUGUAUCUAAACUCUUUAUAGGACUGAUCUACAGUUAUUAACACAUACCACACACCCGUUGAAGGUCUGUGCGCUUAUGAACUCUUGAACAUACUUUUUAUUAGUGUGUAACCAUCAAAGACUUCAGUUACCGUGUCAGCACUGCCCUUCAUGUAGUUUAUUACAGAAGGGGGAUGGUGUUAUUUUCCUGAGAAAUCAAGAAGGAUAUGAACUGUUUUGAAGGACUUUAACAUUUUCCUGUUCCCUUCCUCUCAGUAGAAGGCUUAUAUUCAUUUUACAACAGUACAUGCUGUCUUUCUAUUCUUUCUCUUUACGUCUCUGUAUGGAUCUGUGGUAUAGAGGAAACUAUAGUCAUGAAAACCAUGAAGCACUUGUUGUUCAGCCUUUCAUCUUAAAAACAUUUUGGGAGAAUAUUAGAAUUAACUUCUAAUACAUUUUUCUCUUUCUCUGCCUAUUUUAUUUCAAGAAGAAUGAAAUCCCUUCAGCUGCAACCAUAUUCACCACUUUGCCUGGCUGUUGUGUUCCACUCUACCAUUAUUUGUUUCUACCCCAUGCCUCUUAGUUUUAAGUUAUACGAACUUUAAACGUACCAUGGAUUUUGGAGGACGUUUUUAUUCCUUGCUUUCAAGAUUUGAAGUUCUGACACCUGAUAGCCUAGAAGGUUGAUGAGAAUUUGCUUUGCUGAGUGUCUCCUGUGGAUCUUUGCUCAUAAAUUCACCUAAUGGGAGUGUUAUGUGCCCUUUCUUUGAAGGCUGGGAUUUAAAUGGCAGUGAUAUCACGUGGUUUUAGGGAAUGUACUUCCAGUUAGAGCUGGUGAGGGGCUCAAGAUCACUGAGACUGCAGAUUUACUCUGACCCUUAAACAUUAGACACUGAAUCAGCAACUCAAAACCCUCACACCUUAAUUUUGGACUCAAGUUUAAAAACAAAAAAAACAAAAACAUGUUAAAAGCCUUUUACUGAUGCCUAGUCUGACUGGUUUAAGAACUUCAUUGUUUUUACUUAAUCUAAAGCACUUUUUUUGUCUUUUUAUAUAGACCUGUAUUGUGAACUGUGACACUGAAUAAUGAUUGGUAUGAAUUUUUGCCACCAUGUUUAAAAAAAGGACUUUUGGAAUCAAUGGACUUUUUCAAGGUGAAUGUGGAGUGGUCACACAGAUUAAGCCUAAUCCUGGACUAAAGUUCACUCUUGAUGAUUCUACAUUCAUUAGUAUGUCUUUUGUCCUCUAUUAGUAUGUUUUGGACCUCCUGUACAGCCUGAAUUUUGACUAACAUGGACCUUAAAUCACCUAUUUUUUAUCUUCUCCAUUUAACUCAGUUGGAAUGACACAAUUUGCCUCUACUGCUUCUACCAUCUCAUGUUCUGUCUAAACUCUUCUGGACAAAUCCAUGAUGUAUAAAGACACAAUGAUUCAUCAAGUAUAGAUUGUAUGUAUAUUACCAUAUUACCUUAUUUCUCUGAAACCACAAAGCUUCUGAUGUGAAGGAAAUUAUUCCUGAACAUAUUUUGCUUGAAAUUACACUUCCUAUUUCUAUCCAGCCAAGGUAGAAAAGCUGAAGUACCAAAGUAGUGCAAUAUGGCUGACGAGGGUUCAACACCAGUUGUACAUAUUUUGAUGAUUGGGUUGGGGAUGAGUAUGUCAGAUUCAACUAAAAUACUUGACAAAUAGCCCAUAUGGCAAAUCUUUGAUGAUUUGAAAAUGCUUUCAUUCAUAAUCCUCUUCAUUCUGUGUAUCUGCUGCUUUUCUACCAGGCUGAACAAGACUGAAAGAAUCCCAAGUUUACUUGAAGUGUACUAUUUUCCUUUCAUAUUGAGAUUUCCGGUGAAUUGCUUGAAAACUAGAAUUAGCAGCUAGUCCAGGUGUUGAUACAACCAUUUGUAUGUGUUAUACUUGUAAGAGUGCAAUUUCUCUUCAAGCUAAUGUGAUUAGUCAAGAAAAUUAUGGGUAACUGUGAGGGUUAUCAUAAUGGUUGGUCAUAAUGGUAUCAUAAAGAAUUGAGGCCCUUCAAGAGUGCCAUGAAAUGUUUUAUUAAGUAGAAGUGUUUGUAGAAGUAGAGCUUCUUUGGAUUUUUAGUUUUGUUUUUGAUUUUGAUUUUCUCCUACAAGUCUUGAGUAUGGGAAAUUGUUUAUUCUCUGUCUGCUUUUGCAUUGUGUUGAAGCCAGAAAAUGGAAUACUGGCAAAAACCCUGAUUAGUUGUGAUGCUGCAGCAUUAGGAGUCAUUUAAACAAUCAAAGUGUGCGAAGUUGCGCCUCACAACACCUGACCUGCUGAGUUUACUUACCUUGAAUAAAUGAACUUGCCCUAGAAACUGCUAAGUGAGCUUUAGUUAAAAUUCUGGGAUACAUGUGACAGUUGUGGAAAUUCUGAUCUGCCACUUUAAAACGAUUUAAUGAUAUAUUUUUCAGUAUAAACUCAUAUGAAAUAAUUCCUCAGACUUGUAAUUAGGGGCCAAGCACCAAAGGUGCGUAGGCACCUAUUGUAAUCGUUAGUCGUCUUCGUCGUCUUCUUCCUCUUCCAUCACUCUGGAAGUCUAUGGCAGUUAUGAAAUUUGGCACACAGAUUGGGGACAUUAAAAACAGCAAUUUUGGAGUCUCUAUCUCAAUUAAUCUAGCGCCACCAAUUGUCUAAAAUUUCAGUCACGAUUAUGCUAGUAACAUUUGCACCAUAAGGGCUAGAAUUUUUUUUCCCUCUGAUUCCUUGGCUCAUGAUCGAUUGACAUCAAUUUCUAUCAUGAAAAACCUGCCUUUUCAAACUCCUAGACCAGAAGUCUCCAAACUCUGUCCUGGAGGGCCACUAUUCUGCAGAGUUUAGCUCCAACCAGCUCCAACAGACCUGCUUGAAAGUUUCGUGUAUGCCUAAUGAGACUUUGAUUAGCUGGUUCAGGUGUGUUUUAUUGGGGUUGGUGCUAAACAGGGCCAAGUUUGGAGACCUCUGUCCUAGACCUUUGCUCCAAUUUUCAUUAAAAUUGAACCAGAUCAUCUUCAGACCAUGCUGACAAAAAGUUACGGAAUUCAAGUUGAUUCAUCAAGCCGUUCUCAAAUAACUAACUCAAUGAAGUGCACGCAACAAUGGACAUGAGGUGACAGCUGCGUCUCAUUUCAGAGGCUGUGUCCUCCGGAGGUCGCAUUUGUAGGCUGCAUAUGUCAACAAGGAUGUCUUAUUUAGGAAAAGUAACCGUAAUAAAAUUGACUGUUAUUCCUCAUGAGGUAUAAAAUACUGUAAUUUUCUUCUUACUUUGCAAUCUAACGGUUACUUUUCUUAAAUGAGACCGCCUCUAUUACGUAUACAGCCUUCAAAUGCAACCUCCGGAGGACACAGCCUUUGAAAUGAGAUGCAGCUUAAAUCUCUGCAACGCUUUAGCGUAUAUUCUGACCACCAGAGUGUUAUGACAGCCAUGACCUCAGGGUAUGUGCAUAGUUUUGACGUAGUGAAACCUAUCAGGAGAUAUGAAAAAUUGACUUUUUUGCUUGUAACUUCUGAACUGGAGAUUUGGAGAAGCAUUAGUCAAACGAUACUCAGUUUUCCCAUAUCGGCCAUUUUGGGCGUCGGCCAUGUUGAAUUUUGUUGUAAAAUUCUAUAUCAUAGGAAUACAUUGACAUAUCAUUACGUGCCCUGAAGGUAUUCAAAAAGUUUCGGGGCAUCGCCACCUCUUGGUCAAAAGUUAUAAUGGAAUUUCCAAAAAUGCUAAUAGAUUUUGAUUAUUUUUGCAUAUUGUAAUAAAACUCGUCUUAAUAGAUUCCUUGGGUCAUGCUGAGAACAUGGAUACCAAUUUUGCCAUAGUCGGUCAAACUUCCUGUCCGCCAUUUUGAUUUUCUUUUACCCUUUCAUGCAUGAAUUAUGACAACUUUAAUUAGGAUUUUUUUUUUCAUAUGCGUUUUUAUUGCUCUUAGGGCAUGAAAAACAAGAUUUGAAAUUAUUUAUAUAUAUAUAUAUUUUUUUUUUUUUAACAUAUUUUUCAAAGAGAUUUUCAGAUGUCCACUUGAGUGGACAGUAUGCAUUUAUGGGUUUAACUGACAAGAUACUGUAUUAAACAUAUUACAGUAAUACAUCAAAAUUUUGUGUAUUUAACAAACCAAUGAAUAAAAUGAUUUUAAAAAAUCAUGUAAAAACUAUAAAAUAUAUUUUAAAAAAUAUAUAAACGCAAAAUAUUGCAAACGUAAUUGAACUUCAUACAAGUUUAACGUUGCAUGUCUUUGAUAUCAGAACAUGAGGACGUGAUUUCAUCAAAGAUCUCUACAACCUGUCAAAAUACAAGACUAUAAGUUGAUGGCAUGAUGCCAGAACGACUCUGAGGCUGUAUUUCUGCAAUGCUUUGGCAUAUUGACACCAAACUUUGCAUGUGUCAUUGUCACCUUACUGUGACCACACACAUCAAUUUGGUCACAGCGCCACCUAUUGGUCGAAAGUGAUAAACCAUUAAUGACUGUAUGAUUUAAACCUGCUUUUUCGAACUCCUGGACCCUUUGUCUAAUUUUCAUCAAAUUUGAGUCACAUCUUCAGACCAUGCCGGCAAAAAGUUAUGGAUUUAGUGUUGAUAGAUGAAACCGGAUUUAUUCCCCACAUAAACGAAUUUGAUGGCAUCUGAGGCUGUAUGCAAAUAUUAUAUUGACCCCAAACUUUGUUUGGCUUGUUUGAGAUGCAUCGGUGCUGCGUAGACCAAUUAGCAUAUGACACCAAUGUACCGCGAGAGCGAUUCAAAAGCAUAAGGAGUCGUAUGCUCUCCAAAUGCUACUUUGAUGUCAUACGCCGAUCGGUCUGCGCAGCGCCGAUGCACCAAUGAACAAGCCUAAUAUCACCUCACACUGACCACACCACAUUAAUUUGGUAACAGCGCCACCUAUUGGUAAAAAAAGAUAAAUCAUAUUACUAGGGAUUGUAUUUAUGAUUUUUAAGCCAUUUUGACUAAAAUUAUCUUAAAAUGUCUUUACUCAUUGUUGCAGUUAGUCUGAUGUUCCCAGGCAUGCUGGCAUGACUUAUCGUGCCUUCUAUGUGCUUGGCCCCUUAAUUUCAGCUUGCAGCUAUAUUUUUAACAUGAAUUUAUCAGAAUGAUUUAGCCUCCAUGGAAUAUUUUUUUUUACAUAAUUUUAAGUUCACUAAUGUUAGUGUAAUCAGAAAAAGUCUGACCCAGACCAGCAGUAUUGAAUGCAAGUUACAUCAAGGGUCAGUUCAUAAUAAUUCAACAACCCUUGCUCUUUGUAAAAUAAUGUUCUGCUACCCUCUUGUGGCUGUAAGUUAAUCAGCAAGUAUGUUUAAUAAAUAAAUGAGCGCAGUUAAUAAUUGAACAUUUAAAUUAAAGAGAAAACCUGUUCAUAGCUACUGGAUUUUUGAAUGUAGGGCUAGUAUGGGAGAAGGGUCUAGACUCUUGAUCACUUGCGUGCGCACGCCUACCACCCUGUUUCAUCCUCUUCCUGGUGCCUUUAGUUUUUAUUAAUUAGCAGGUCUUUCUGCUGUGAGUAGUUUUUUUUUUUUUUUUUUUUUUUCAUGGUGGAGAGAAACACAGCCUUUGUUAUGCUUUAAAAAAGUUUUGGGGAGACAUGUGAGAAAUAUAGCUGACAGUGUGGCUAUAUCAUGAGGCUCAUAGUUUCGUUUGUACAACUCAAAUGAAGGACUUUCCAGAAUUACUGUAGUGGUGGCCUGUGUUAGAAGUGCAAAACACACUGCCUUUUUAUUGAACGUAAUUGAAAACGUUUCUUUCAUAUAUGAAGAAAAGAAAAAAAAUCUUGCUUAGUCUCUUGCUUCUUAUUUAAGGUUUUUUUUUUGUUUUUUUUUUAUAAUGGUGUUAGGCUAGUAUAGGUAGCAUGCAUGACUGGAAAUCUAUACAGGGAGUUUUUUUUUUUGCUGGUUUCAGUAUUUCAGAAUAUGAGUCUGAUUAAAAAUAUGUAAUUAAGAAAAAAAGAUCAUGUAAUGAAAGAGGGUCAGGACAGGAGGGCUUUAAAUAAAUGACAACAAACAAUAAAUCAAUUUUGUUACAUGUAUGAUGUUCUCAAUUUUUUUGUUUCUCAUUGUGUUGCCUUUCGAUACUGAUUGACAUGGUACAUAUAUAAUUGUAGAUUAAAUGUUAUGUUAAUACUGGUUAUACAGUAGGCUGCCGUUAAAAACUUUGUGGCCAGUAAAAAAAAUUUAAAAUGUUUUUGAAAGAAGUCUCUUAUGCUUACCAAGGCAUCAUCUAUUUUAUCAAAAAUACAGUAAAAUAGUAAUAUUGAAAGCAAGAACUCAGAAGAAAGAAGAAUUUUAAUUGUCACAUGGUUGCAGUUAUUAGCUUAAAUGUUUUGCUCACCAGCCACUGUCAAGUACAGGUCUCUGCAGGACAGUAAUGAUCAGUGUGUGAGGCCAUAAACAGAGGGGCAUUUUUGAGAGCGUUACCUGAUUUGCCCACGUCAGAGUGUGGGUAGGGUUUAGGGGUGGGGUUGGGUGAAGGGGAUCAUUUUCACUGCAUGAUAUAUAAACACCCACCAAUUUGAUAACACCCACAAAUACAGAAACGCCUAUUUUUGUUCUGCAGGGACCUCAUACUCGCCACUAUUGCUAGUAGUUUUUUCAAAGCCACGUUUUCACUCACCAAAAUGUUGACAUUGAUACCAUGGGGGAAAAAACUGCCAUAUAAAUACUUUUAAUACUAUCUUGUAAUUUGGCAGCAGGUAUAUUAGGCUACUGUCACUUUAAGACCUGAAGCAUGGAUCCAUUACAACAGUUGAUGUUCAAUUAAAACAAAACUGACUGUGUUUACAUGAAUACUCGCCAAGACCGGCAUUUUGACUACUUUGCAUGUAUUUGACUCUUUAAGCAGAGAAAAAGAAGAGAUGGCUUUAUGUGCGGCUUCAAGCCCUGUAACACCAACAAUAUUAAGCAAAUGAAACAAGUGAGUGAGGGGAGGCGGGUUUGUGUGUCAACUCGCUGUCGGAGAGAUGAGAGAGCGAGAAAGCCCAGCUGGUAUCGUGUAUCCUACGGAAAAUUAGUAUUGGAAGCGUUUCAGAUAUUUCAGUAUCAGUAUGUAUCGAAAAAACAAUAUUUUUAACAACGCUAUUGUGCACUUAGUUUAUUAUUUCAGAUGUCUUUUUAAAAGACUACAAUUAAAAAAUGUAUAUAUUAUAUAUAAAAUUCAACCCGUCAAAGUGGCAAGUAGGAGUGACUGCGUUACAUGUCACUGCUGAAAUCCACCCAUUUGGCGGGCUGGCGGAAGUUAAUGUCAAGCCCUGUGUGUAUAUAUAUAUAUAUAUAUAUAUAUAUAUAUAUAUAUCCCAGUUCUAAUCUGGUCCACCUAACCCCAGGGUGUGAAACCAGGUAAACCGUUUAACCAGUGCUUAUGAAGAGAUUAAGAAAACUAAAAAUAUAACAACAAGAUGGCAAUCAAUUUACUCAACAAUAUAACAAGGGCAGACACAAAAAGAAAUAAAAAGGAAGUAAAAAUAAAUAAACGAGAAUAAAUACAUUAACAAGAAAAUAUCUGAACAGGCUCAAAAAAAAAAAAUUAGCAAUGAAUACAAGAUUAUCACAAGGUUAUUAGGAAAAUAUUAUAGUAAAUUGUUUUUUUUAUCAACUAAGUCCAGCAAAAUGCCAUAUUUUUAUUGACAGGGCUUGGCUUUUAGAUAUACUGUACCAGUUAGUUCCCUCAUGAAGAGAUGAAGCUCAGCAUUCAACGCCAAUCUCAGUGACGUCACAAUGGCACGCGUUCUAAAUAUUCGCGGCUUCAGCUGCAGUCCUGUUUAUAACGCUGGAAUUCUCUCUCGAGCUCAGUGUGUGUCUCUAACUGCAGGACGGAAGAAGGUAAGACUCAAUACCAACGGUCGACAAGUUUCUUCGUGAAGCUUCGCUCGGCGAGUCUGUGCCUAGUCCUUCGUGGGAUUGGAUUGCGUACGCGCAACGCAAUUCUCGCGAAGGAUUUUACGUGUCUGCUGCUUUCGUUGUGCCUCGGAGCAGCAUCCGGUCUCCGGCACGGACUGGCACCCGGUUUACGCGUGCUCUCCCAGGGGCGAGGAGCUCGAGCACGCUUAAAAAAUUGUCUUUAAUGGCGCUGAUGACACCCAGGGAGACAAGUGAAGCCGGGACUAUUACUUGGCCCCCGCUGCCAGGAUGUGGUGGGUGCAGUGGGGGCCAAGAGGGUACUACCGACCCCAAGUGGUGGAGUGUGGUCGGGGUCGAGUUGGGAGUGUGAUAGUGACUGACAAAAGUGGGGCUGCGUGGUUAUUCUCUCUAAUCAAAUGAUCUUUUUUAGUUGUUGAUCACUGCUAUAAACAUCACAUAUUUAAAUACACACACCACAAAUAUAUUGAUCACAUAUAUUAUGACACAACAAUUGUGCUGCUAAAUAUUUUUAAGGAAAUCGUGAUACAUUUUUUGAAAAAAAAAAACC